GCACCUUGUUCGCCGCUCUUUCUAGGGACAAAAAUGGCCGCUAUGCUCGCCUCUAAGCAGGGCGCCUUCAUGGGCCGCAGCUCCUUUGCCCCCGCCCCCAAGGGCGUCGCCAGCCGCGGCUCCCUGCAGGUGGUGGCCGGCCUGAAGGAGGUCCGCGAUCGCAUCGCAUCGGUGAAGAACACCCAGAAGAUCACCGAUGCCAUGAAGCUGGUGGCUGCCGCUAAGGUCCGCCGUGCUCAGGAGGCUGUGGUGAACGGCCGCCCCUUCUCGGAGAACCUGGUCAAGGUCCUCUACGGCGUGAACCAGCGCGUCCGCCAGGAGGAUGUGGACUCGCCCCUGUGCGCUGUCCGCCCCGUCAAGUCGGUGCUGCUGGUUGUGCUGACCGGCGACCGCGGUCUGUGCGGCGGCUACAACAACUUCAUCAUCAAGAAGACCGAGGCCCGCUACCGCGAGCUUACCGCUAUGGGCGUGAAGGUCAACCUGGUGUGCGUGGGCCGCAAGGGUGCUCAGUACUUCGCCCGCCGGAAGCAGUACAACAUCGUCAAGUCCUUCUCGCUGGGCGCUGCUCCCUCGACCAAGGAGGCCCAGGGCAUUGCUGACGAGAUCUUCGCCUCGUUCAUUGCUCAGGAGUCGGACAAGGUGGAGCUGGUGUUCACCAAGUUCAUCUCGCUGAUCAACUCGAACCCCACCAUCCAGACCCUGCUGCCCAUGACCCCCAUGGGCGAGCUGUGCGACGUGGACGGCAAGUGCGUGGACGCCGCUGACGACGAGAUCUUCAAGCUGACCACCAAGGGCGGCGAGUUCGCCGUGGAGCGCGAGAAGACCACCAUCGAGACCGAGGCCCUGGACCCCUCGCUCAUCUUCGAGCAGGAGCCCGCCCAGAUCCUGGACGCCCUGCUGCCCCUGUACAUGAGCAGCUGCCUGCUGCGCUCGCUGCAGGAGGCGCUGGCCUCCGAGCUGGCUGCCCGCAUGAACGCCAUGAACAACGCCUCGGACAACGCCAAGGAGCUGAAGAAGGGCCUGACCGUGCAGUACAACAAGCAGCGCCAGGCUAAGAUUACCCAGGAGCUGGCGGAGAUUGUGGGCGGUGCCGCCGCCACCUCGGGCUAAAUGCCUGGGCUCUUGGGCUCGGUGUGUGGGCUUGUGGGAACGGACGAGUCGCGGCGAUGACCUGUAUGGAGCCUUGUUGCGCGAGGGUGAGGCUUGGCCAGGGAAGAGCCGGCAGAGGGGCGGGGCGUGGCCUUGGAGCUGCUGGCACGCCCCGGGGUUGCUGGCGCCGUGAAUUUGCGUGGUUGGUGCGGGGAGCAAGUGCUGCUGCCCGCGCCGGCUGCGGCAGGUUGGGCAUGGGGUCGGCGCCGUUGGUGGCGACUGACGGUGGUGUGAUGUGGAUCAGGCGGUGGGCAUGGGCGGCGGGCCGUGCUGCGGCUGCGCACCCUUGGACAUUCUUAGAGAAGAGUAAUUCAACACGAUUGCUGUAUUGCUGAUUGCAAUUGUCAGCCAAUCCGUGUCAAUUUUGUAACCCGUUUCCGAGUGAUCGACGGGAGGCAGCGAGGGUCCGUUGCAGGGCUUCGUGAUUGCUUUUCCGCGCUCUCCCUCAAAUCGUAGAGAGAAGACGAGCAUUACUGCUGCGGCUGUGCAUGGAGCCGGAGGUGAAGACAACGGCCUGUGUGCCGACAUGAGGCGAUGCAUGUAAGGCAUUAUGGCUGAAUGGGCUCCUGACUUUAACAACAGCAGUUUAGCUGUUUAGGCGGGCAGCACUGGCCUCAGCAGUCUCAGCAAUGCACGCAGGGGGCCGGUAACCCCACCUGAAACAGACCCUGCAGACCCCAUGGUCCAAAUGAAAAGAACUCGACGUGAGCGUUCAGGAUCUGUUGCAGAGGUGGGUGAAAGUUUCGUCACAUGGCGUGUGGGUGGGGCUGCCGGAUUUCGUUUCCGCGCUCAGGACCCCCAUCUGAACGCUCCACCCCAUAACACAAGCGCCAGUAAGAUACGAGCACUGAUUACCAUGUAAAGCAUUUGCAGU